GGUGCUCUUCCCCUCGUUUGUAAGAAAACAAAUUCUCGAUAAUUUAGCGAAUCAAUUCUUUCACAUAAAUAGAAAGGCCUUCACGGCGAGUCAGCGGGGUGUGGAUAGGAGGAAUCAAGCGAGAUGGAUACAAUGGCCAUGGCAGUUAACGCACAUCCACCACUUACCUCCAGGCAUUGUUUUCCGACACCCACAUCGAAGGUAGCAGUCUACAAAGUGAAAUCGGUUUACCUUGUCAAUGUUCGAUGCACCUACAAGAAACAUUUCGCUUCACAUGUCUAUAGCACAAGGGAAAGCUUUCCAUUAAGGAAUCAAGAAACAAUCAUAAUUUAUGUUCCACUUGUCUCUUUCAGGAUCCCAUUUUUAUCCAAUGAUAAGUGUAAUAGAUUGACCAUAAAUUCUGCAGCUGCAGCAGAUACAGGUUUGGAAAAGUCAAAGCCUGAAGUUUUGGUGAUAAAUGAUAGGGAGAUAACAGUUGAGUCUCGUGAGGAUGGAAAAAUCCAUGUAAGAGUGAACGUGUCAGGUGAAGAUACAGAGAGGACAUUUGAUGACAUUCUCACAAAGUUAGCUAAGGAGGUAGGACCUGUUCCAGGAUUCAGAAGACAAAAAGGAGGAAAAUCUGGCAAUGUUCCAAAAUUUGUUCUAUUAAAGAUGCUUGGGAGAUCCACAGUUAGAAACUUCGUGAUUCAAGAGCUGAUCAGUUCAACUUUGGCUGACUAUACUGCACAGGAAAAUCUAAAUGUCAAAGAAGAAUUAAAUACUAAGGAAAGUGCUGAAGAACUAGAUGCAGCAUUUGAACCAGGAAAAAAGUUUAGCUUUAGUGCUGUGAUAGAGCUUGAAGAAGAGAAGCCAGAAAAUGAACAAGAAAAAGAGUUCGAAAAUGAACAAGAAGAGGAAGUAAUAGAAGUAGAAACAGCUAGCUGAUACUUUGGAUCCAAACUUCAUGGUUUUGAGGUCCGACAAGUGAUCUGUUUAUUUGCUUCAUUGUGGAAGUCUUUUUCUCCUCUCUUGGAUGUUAGUCAUUAAGAAGCCGUAGAAAGUUGCAGAAGCUUUUGUUUGGCUAAGUAAUUUUAUUGAUAUAGUUACAAAGGGCCUACUUGAUGACAAGUUGCAUGGUUUCUGAUUCAGUAGGAAUUUGUCAUUUAAUUCAUUAUAUUUAGGACAUCAAUCUUCUUAAGGGCAGGCCUCCAGUAGUAAUAGCUUUACUCGGAAUUUACACUGUAGAUUUGUGAGUGAUUCAUUUCUUUUAAACGUAUACUGAUAGUAAAUAAGAACAAGAGAGAGCAUAUUUAAAUAUGGUUGUAUCACAGAUAAAAAAAUAUAUGUACAUGGAAGUAUCAAUUAAUGAUUGCAGACAAUAAUUGUUUUUGUGAGCA